UUUCCUACGGUCGUGUUGCUACGGCCAGGGGGCGUAGUCUCUCCGAGAGGAGCUGCUGCUGCUCCACUUUGACUCUACCCGCGACAUCAACUGACUCUACCCGGGACAGACCGAAGAAGAUGGCGGCCACGGACCGUUCCCGGUCUGAAGCUGCAAAGCAGCGACGGCAGGAUCAGUUACAGCGGUGGCUGGGCUCGGAAACCGAUCAGACGGGACCGGGGACGCGGGACGGGUCGACGGGAACCGGGACGCGGCGGGCCCGGGUUCGGUUCGCUCAGGGAGCCGUGUUUAUGGCAGCCUGUUCGGCCGGGGACAGAGAGGAGGUAGCGGCGCUCCUACGACAGGGCGCUGACAUCAACCACGCCAAUAUAGACGGACUGACAGCGCUUCACCAGGCGUGUAUAGAUGAGAAUGCAGAGAUGGUCCAGUUCCUGGUGGAGAGUGGGAGUGAUGUGAACCGGGGGGACAACGAGGGGUGGACUCCCCUCCACGCUGCUGCCUCCUGUGGGUUCAUACAGAUCACCAAGUACCUGAUAGAGCACGGUGCACGUGUGGGGGCGGUGAACAGUGAAGGAGAGCUUCCUCUGGAUGUGGUCACUGAGGAUGCUAUGGAGAGACUGUUGAAGGGGGAGAUCAAGAAACAAGGGGUUGACGUGGACAUGGCACGGCGGGAAGAAGAGCGGGUGAUGCUGGCGGAUGCCAACGCGGUGCUGGCAGGAAGUGGCGUGUUGACACCUCAUCCUAACACCAAGGCCACAGCGCUGCACGUGGCCGCUGCCAAGGGCUACAUAGAGGUCAUGAAGGUCCUGCUCCAGUGUGGUCUGGAUUUGGACAGUGGUGAUGUGGAUGGCUGGACAGCCCUGCAUGCUGCUGCUCACUGGGGACAGCAGGAGGUGUGUUCUCUGCUGGCUGACAACAUGUGUGAGAUGGCUGCUCUCAACAACGUGGGACAAACCCCUCUAGAGGUAGCAGAUGACACCCUAGUGGACACUCUGGAGGAGCUGACAAAGAAACAAAAUUCUCUGCGUACAGAAAAAGCCAAGCUGUCCCAGCCUCCUGUCAUCGAGACCAGCCCUCCUAUCAAUAUGGCAUCGGUUCGACCACGCAAGACCUCAAUCUCUCGUAUGAGCAGCCGAGAGAAGAUCUGCCUCCACGAGAGGGAGAAGCACCCUCCCCCUGCCCUGACCAGCAGCCCUGCUGAGGAUGAGGAUGAGGAGGGGGUACAGACUCAGCAUGGGACACAGGGACAGGCCCAAGCCUCCAGCAGCUCCAGUUCAGAAGAAGAGGAGGACGAGUCUGAGAGCGAUGCAGAAUCGGAGAAAGCCAAAAACCGAGAGAUCAUCAACAACUUGAACAACAAACGCAACAGCUCCUCCCCCCAUGCUACCUCCAUGGCAACCAGCACUUCAGGAAACACUGUUAAAAAGCAGGACCCAGGGAAGCCCCCAGCCCCAGAGGCAGCACCUAGCUCAGCCCCUGGUGCUGCCCCUGGCUCCUGGAGGACCUCUCUUCGUAAAGCAGGCAGCUCCGUGACCCUGGGGCCUUCAGGUACCACCGACCCAAGCCAGGAGUCCAACCGCGGGGCGCCUCAGUCGGGCCUGGGUAUGAUCCGCUCUGCCUCCAGCCCACGCCUCAGCUCUGACACCAGUACAGACACGAAGGAACCCAGGACUGCCAGAGUGAACCCCAGUCCAACCAGACGUCUCUUCAGUAUACCAGACACCAACCCAGACAGCACUAGCAGCUGGCUGAGUCGUAGCGCCUCUUACACCCGCCGCCUCAAUAGCACAGGAUGUGAUCUCAGUAGCUCCACCCCCUCCUUGCCUCUCAGCUCAUCCUGUGGACGCAGACUGGAUGACCCCACAGUGACCUCAACAACAGGAACUGGAAGUAGCUUCUCUGCUGGACUCAGUCGUCUCAACAUCCUAGUGGCCCAGAGACUGGCUCAGGAGCAGGCAGAGAAGAAGAAGGAGCAGUGUUCUGUCACCUCCAACUCUGUCACCACGACGACCGGCGGUGACUUGGAGACAAAGCAGAGGCGCAAAUCCUACUUGACCCCGGUUCGUGAUGAGGAGGCGGAGGCUCAGAGGAAGGCUCGAUCCAGACACGCCAGACAGUCACGACGAUCCACUCAGGGCGUGACGCUCACAGACCUGCAGGAAGCUGACAAGACAAUGAAGACAGCCCAGACGGACGAAGGGAGAGAGAAGACGAGGAAAGAGGAGGAGGAGGAGGAGGAGGCGGCCAAUAAGAGGAGAGCAGAAGAGGGGGAGGUAAGCUGGAGGUCCCGUAUCGCCAACCUGCAGAAGUCUGACCUGCUGGGGCUGACUCAACCGGAUGGUACCUCUCGCCCCCCGACCUCUAGCCAGGAGACUAGUGGAGGGGAACGUGAGAGCGACCGUAUCGCCAGGGAGAGACGGAGGACCAGGAGGAGAGCUCAGAGGGCUGGAGAGACUGAUGACAACGAGCCCAGUGGAGAGGAGGGGUUUGGAGGCAGUGGGCGCGCCAGCACCAGGUCUAACGUGUCAUGUAAUGACUGUAUCGACAGAGGAGGCUCUGAGACCAACGAUUACAAGAAGCUGUUUGAGGUGGUGUCCAAGGAGAAUGGUCAACUCCAGUCUCAGCUGCAGGACACCCAGAGGACCGUCUCUCAGACUAGACUGGACCUGGACAAGGCUACCCAGAGACAGGAGCGCUUUAGUGAUUGUUCAGCAAUGCUAGAGAUGGAGAAGAAGGAGCGUCGGAUGUUGGAGCGGCGUGUGGCUGAGCUGGAGGCAGAGUUGAAGGUGCUCGGUGACCUGAGAGCUGACAACCAGAGGCUGAAAGACGAGAACGGCGCGCUGAUCAGAGUCAUCAGUAAACUCUCCAAAUAGAUGGAGAGAACGAGCUACAACAGGGAUGCCCCCUUGCUUCCUCCCAUCAUCUCUCACUCCUGUCCAUCCACUCCUCCCAGUGCCAAAGAACAAGAUGGAGAGAGAGGUGGCGAGGGGGAAACAGAUGAAGAGCAGCAGGAUAAUGUGGUAAUCUAAACAGCUUGAUUAUUACGUCUCUUAUUCCUUAGUCCUCCUGACCGGUUGCCGUGGCUUGUUGUGUGUGUGUGUGUGCCUUAUGCCCACUUUGAGGACAGCCAUGACAACUGUGGUCAUGACAACAACUCGCAUAGUAGCAACGAGACGUGACAACAGCCAAAUGCCCAUGACGAUGUGCAACGGGGAAAAACACCAAUAUGCACACAGACAUAUAUACUUCACACACACACACACACACACACACACGACACACCCCUCCAUGCACAUUGGACCGGUCCAAGGCAUCUUGUUCCCUUUACAUCGACUCCAUCCAUAACAUGGAUCCAUACCAUAGACCAUACCCUGGAUCUAUACCAUAGAUCAUACCAUAGCCCAUACCCUGGAUCCAUACCAUAGACCAUACCCUGGAUCUAUACCAUAGACCAUACCCUGGAUCUAUACCAUAGACCAUACCCUGGAUCUAUACCAUAGACCAUACCCUGAAUCUAUACCAUAGACCAUACCCUGAAUCUAUACCAUAGACCAUACCCUGAAUCUAUACCAUAGACCAUACCCUGGAUCCAUUCCAUAGAUCAUACCCUGGAUCUAUACCAUAGACCAUACCCUGGAUCCAUACCAAAUAUCAUACCCUGGAUCCAUACCAUAGACCAUACCCUGGAUCUAUACCAUAGACCAUACCCUGGAUCUAUACCAUAGACCAUACCCUGGAUCUAUACCAUAGACCAUACCCUGGAUCCAUUCCAUAGAUCAUACCCUGGAUCUAUUCCAUAGACCAUACCCUGGAUCCAUACCAAAGAUCAUACCCUGGAUCCAUACCAUAGACCAUACCCUGGAUCCAUACCCUGGAUCUAUUCCAUAGACCAUACCCUGGAUCCAUACCAUAGACCAUACCCUGGAUCUAUACUAUAGACCAUACCCUGGAUCUAUACCAUAGACCAUACCCUGGAUCUAUACUAUAGACCAUACCCUGGAUCCAUUCCAUAGACUGUACCCUGGAUCUAUACCAUAGACCAUACCCUGGAUCCAUACCAUAGACCAUACCCUGGAUCCAUUCCAUAGACCGUACCCUGGAUCUAUACCAUAGACCAUACCCUGGAUCCAUUCCAUAGACCUUACCCUGGAUCUAUUCCAUAGACCAUACCCUGGAUCUAUACCCUGGAUCUAUACCAUAGACCAUACCCUGGAUCUAUACCAUAGACCAUACCCUGGAUCCAUUCCAUAGAUCAUACCCUGGAUCUAUACCAUAGACCAUACCCUGGAUCCAUUCCAUAGACCAUACCCUGGAUCUAUACCGUAGACCAUACCCUGGAUCCAUACCCUGGAUCUAUACCAUAGACCAUACCCUGGAUCUAUACCCUGGAUCUAUACCAUAGACCAUACCCUGGCUCUAUACCAUAGACCAUACCCUGGAUCCAUUCCAUAGACCAUACCCUGGAUCUAUACCAUAGACCAUACCCUGGAUCCAUACCCUGGAUCUAUACCAUAGACCAUACCCUGGAUCUAUACCCUGGAUCUAUACCAUAGACCAUACCCUGGCUCUAUACCAUAGACCAUACCCUGGAUCCAUUCCAUAGACCAUACCCUGGAUCUAUACCAUAGACCAUACCCUGGAUCCAUUCCAUAGACCAUACCCUGGAUCUAUACCGUAGACCAUACCCUGGAUCCAUACCCUGGAUCUAUACCAUAGACCAUACCCUGGAUCUAUACCCUGGAUCUAUACCAUAGACCAUACCCUGGCUCUAUACCAUAGACCAUACCCUGGAUCAAUUCCAUAGACCAUACCCUGGAUCCAUACCAUAGACCAUACCCUGGAUCCAUUCCAUAGACCAUACCCUGGAUCCAUACCAUAGACCAUACCCUGGAUCCAUUCCAUAGACCAUACCCUGGAUCUAUACCAUAGACCAUACCCUUGAUAUAUACCAUAGACCAUACCCUGGAUCCAUUCCAUAGACCAUACCCUGGAUCCAUACCAUAGACCAUACCCUGGAUCUAUACCCUGGAUCCAUUCCAUAGACCAUACCCUGGAUCUAUACCAUAGACCAUACCCUGGAUCUAUUCCAUAGACCAUACCCUGGAUAUAUACCCUGGAUCCAUUCAGUUGUCCGUACCCUGGAUCCAUUCCAUAGACCAUACCCUGGAUCUAUACCCUGGAUCUAUUCCAUAGACCAUACCCUGGAUCCAUUCCAUAGACCAUACCCUGGAUCUAUACCCUGGAUCCAUUCCAUAGACCAUACCCUGGAUCCAUUCUAUAGACCAUACCCUGGAUCUAUUCCAUAGACCAUACCCUGGAUCUAUACCAUAGACCAUACCCUGGAUCCAUACCAUAGACCAUACCCUGGAUCCAUACCAUAGACCAUACCCUGGAUCUAUACCAUAGACCAUACCCUGGAUACAUACCAUAGACCAUACCCUGGAUCUAUUCCAAAGACCAUACCCUGGAUCCAUACCAUAGACCAUACCCUGGAUCUAUACUAUAGACCAUACCCUGGACCCAUUCCAUAGACCAUACCCUGGAUCCAUACCAUAGACCAUACCUUGGAUCCAUUCCAUAGACCAUACCAUGGAUCCAUUCCAUAGACCAUACCCUGGAUCCAUUCCAUAGACCAUACCCUGGAUCCAUACCAUAGACCAUACCCUGGAUCUAUACCCUGGAUCUAUUCCAUAGACCAUACCCUGGAUCUAUUCCAUAGACCAUACCCUGGAUCCAUACCAUAGACCAUACCCUGGAUCUAUACCCUGGAUCUAUUCCAUAGACCAUACCCUGGAUCUAUGCCAUAGACCAUACCCUGGAUCCAUUCCAUAGACCAUACCCUGGAUCCAUUCCAUAGACCAUACCCUGGAUCCAUUCCAUAGACCAUACCCUGGAUCUAUACCAUAGACCAUACCCUUGAUCUAUACCCUGGAUCCAUUCCAUAGACCAUACCCUGAAUCCAUUCCAUAGACCAUACCCUGGAUCCAUACCAUAGACCAUACCCUGGAUCCAUUCCAUAGACCAUACCCUGGAUCUAUUCCAUAAACCAUACCCUGGAUCUAUUCCAUAGACCAUACCCUGGAUCUAUACCAUAGACCAUACCCUGGAUCCAUUCCAUAGACCAUACCCUGGAUCUAUUCCAUAUACCAUACCCUGGAUCUAUACCCUGGAUCCAUUCCAUAGACCAUACCCUGGAUCUAUUCCAUAAACCAUACCCUUGAUCUAUACCCUGGAUCCAUUCCAUAGACCAUACCCUGGAUCUAUUCCAUAAACCAUACCCUGGAUCUAUUCCAUAGACCAUACCUCUUAAUCUGGUAGUGUCUUUCAUCAAUGUGUUUUGAACCCACCCUUCCUCCUCCUCACACACUACUAAAGUCCACAUCCCAAAUAGCACCCUAUCCAAUAUGUAGUGGAUUACUUUAGGCCUCUAGUCAAAAGUAGUGCACUAAAUAGGGAAUAGGGUGCCUUUUGAGGACGUUUCCAGACCACAGACACACUCCAUGCUCCUUUAAAUGACCACAGACACACUCCAUGCUCCUUUAAAUGACCACAGACACACUCCAUGCUCUUUUAAAUGACCACAGACACACUCCAUGCUCCUUUAAAUGACCACAGACACACUCCAUGCUCCUUUAAAUGACCACAGACACACUCCAUGCUCCUUUAAAUGACCACAGACACACUCCAUGCUCCUUUAAAUGACCACAGACAGAGCAGUCUGUUGACCACUGCACUUUACUUACAAUCAGGCAGGCAAAGCUAAGCGAUCACAGAUCAGUGCAGCACCAGGCAAAGCUAAGCGAUCACAGAUCAGUGCAGAACCAGGCAAAGCUAAGCGAUCACAGAUCAGUGCAGAACCAGGCAAAGCUAAGCGAUCACAGAUAAGUGAGGCUUCGCCACCAUCCUGAGUCAUACUAUACAAAACAGCUCGUCUCCUACACGAAUCUGCAUCCCAAUAAUCUCUCCUAUCUCCUGACGUGUGCACUCCGUCACUAAUGUAAAAGUAUUGGAAAGGUGCAGGCCUGGGCUUCAAGAUGGUUUCACCAUGUUCUUUGUACCAGGAUGCAUAGGACACCCUCCUCAGGUUUCUAUUGGCUAGGAAGGAGGGGGGUGAGAGCUAGUUUACCACCUCAGACCUGAUGAUAGAGACUUGCUGUUCUGGAAAAGCCUAUAUACUAUGCAUUGUUUUUCAUUAUUAUUAUUAUUAUCAUGAUAAAAUAUUAUUUUCAUAUUUUUUACAUUUAUCUGAUGUCAAUCUCUCCCGCUUUGAAAGGGAGGCAAAUAGUUUGUUAUCUAUAUUAUAUUACACAUGUAUAAAUAAAUAAUAUUAGUCAUGAAUGAAUAAUAACAACCUUCAGAAGUGAAUUCCAUGUGUCCCCCCCAUGUUGGUCUAAUAUAUUAAAUGAUGACGAAACCUAAUAAACGAUGUGUGUGUGUCUGCA